CCCUCUCACCCAACACAUCCAGCCUUACCUCACUGGGGCUGCCGUACCCUGAGCAGUUUUGCACAACCCAGUGUUACUGGCCGGUCUCCCCUAUCAGACAGAGGGCAAGAGAAGAGCCAGCCACCAUGACAACACCCCGGCCUCAACCCUUACGGCGUCUUCCUCUCUUAAGGCAGGCCAUCAAGAUAAGACGCCAGAGGGCCAAAGGCCUGCAGGAAACCCUGCCUCAAACUGACCAAGAGAUGGAAACCCCAUCUCAUCACUUCUCCCCAGAGGAGCAGGCCCUUCUCUAUGAGGAAGCUCUCUAUACCGUCCUGCACCGGGUAGGCCGACCCGAGCCGAAACAUGUAGCAGAAGCUGCGGAGCUGCUGAGCUACCUACAGGAGGCCUUCCACAUGAAGCCCGAGAUACAUCAACAGCUCCUCCAAAAAGUUCAAGAUCUUGAGAAGCCCUUGUUUUGCUUGAAGGUGACUGUAAAGCAGGCCAAAGGCAUUCUUGGAAAGGAUGUCAGUGGGUACAGUGACCCCUAUUGCCUGUUGGGCAUCAUCGAGCAGGGGGUGGGCACGACGGAGGACAGCUCAGGGUCACAUCGGCGGCGGCAGAAGGCCGUUGUGAAGAACACAAUCCCCGAGGACCAGACCCACCGGACUCAGGUCAUCAGCCAGACCCUCAGCCCCGUGUGGGAUGAAACGUUCUUCCUGGAAUUUGAGGAUAUAAGCAGCGCCAAUUUCCAUUUGGACAUGUGGGAUGCAGACCAAGUGGAGUCUGUGAGACAGAAAUUGGGGGAGCUGACAGAUCUGCAUGGCCUUCGGAGGAUCUUUAAGGAGGCACGAAAGGACAAGGGACAGGAUGACUUCUUGGGGAAUGUGGUCCUGAAGCUGCAGGACCUACGGUGCCGGGAGGAUCAGUGGUACCCACUGGAACCACGAACAGAGACAUAUCCAGAUCGAGGGCAGUGCCACCUGCAAUUUCUGCUCAUUCAUAAGCGAAGAGCCACCACUGCCAGCCGUACCCAUCCCAGCUACACUGUGCAUCGCCACCUCCUGCAGCAGCUGGUCUCUCAUGAGGUCACCCAGCACCAGGCUGGUAGCACUUCCUGGGACGGGGAGCUGAGCCCCCAGGCCUCCACCAUUCUCUUCCUCCACGCCACACAGAAAGACCUCUCUGAAUUUCACCAGUCUAUGGCGCAGUGGCUGGCCUAUAGCCGACUCUACCAGAGCCUGGAGUUCCCGGGGAGCUGCUUACUACACCCCAUCACUGCCAUCGAGUAUCAGUGGAUACAGGGGAGGCUGAACCCAGAGCAGCGGGAAGAACUGGCUGUCUCUUUCAACUCCUUACUGACCUACGGACUCUCCUUGAUCCGGAGAUUCCGGUCUAUAUUUCCCCUGUCAGCCUCCGGCUCCCCGGCUCGCCUGCAGUCCCUCCUCCGGGUCCUGAUACAGAUGUGUAAGAUGAAGGCAUUUGGGGAGCUGUGCCCGGAUGGGGCUCCUUUGUCUUCUCUGGUGGCUGAGGUGCUACGGACAGGUACCCUCGAGUGGUUCCAUCUGAAGCAGCAGCACCAUCAGCCCAUGGUCCAGGACAUGCAAGAAAUGGGUAAGGCCGUGCUGAGCCUGGUUCUAGAUGUCACUGGGGAUCUGCAGCAGUGUCAGAGAACCUGGAACAAAAUCUUCAGCAAUACACUGAAGAUUGAUCUUUUCUCCAUGGCCUUCUUGGAGCUGCAGAAGCUUGUGGCCCAGCGGGUAGAGGAGCACCUGGCGGCGGUGGGUAGUGUCGUGUCCCCAGAGAUGGGGGAGAGCUUAUUCCAGCUUUAUCUUAGCCUCAAGGAGCUCUAUCAGCUGGUCCCUCCUCCUCCUGAGAGGGACAGGAGCCUGGAUCUGGAUGGCUUCCACAAAUGGUUCCUCCCAGCCAUCCCUGCCUGGUUGCUGAAGACCUAUAGCGUGGCCCUGGCUCGGUUACAGCGGGCGGUGCAGAUGGACCAGCUGGUCCCUCUGGGUGAGCUGAUCAAACACAGCACAUCUGCUGUGGAUCUGUCCACAUGCUUUGCCCAGAUUAGCCACACUGCCCGACAGCUGGCUUGGCCUGACCCUGAGGUUGCCUUCAUGAUCACAGUCAAGUUUGUUGAGGAUACCUGCAAGCUGGCUCUGGUGUACUGUAGCCUAAUCAAGGCUCGAGCCAAGGAACUCUCUGUCAACCAGGACCAGGCACAGGCAGCUAAUAUGCUGUGCGUGGUGGUGAACGACAUGGAGCAGCUUCGGCUGGUGGUCCUGCGGCUCCCAACCCAACUGUCGUGGCAGGACCUAGAGCAGUGGGCAGGGGCCGUCUUAGAGCCCGAACAGCUGCAGCACACACUACACGCCCAGCUCCAGGGUGCCCUGGCUGGUCUGGACCACGAGAUCCGCAGCGGUGUUCGGACCCUGGCUGAGCAGCUGGAGGCUGGCAUUUCUAGGCACAUCCAGAGGAUUGUGAGUGAAUCUGCUGUACCUGAAGACGCUAUCCUACCUCUGAUGAGGUUCUUAGAGUCAGAGCUUCAUUAUAUGAACAGGAACUUGGUGCAGGAAAAUUUUAACAGUCUUCUGUCGCUGCUCUGGACUCACACCCUCAGUGUGCUCACCCAAACCGCGGCCGCCCAGCGGAGUUCCCCUGUGACCUCCCUCAAGCUGAAGACAGCCCUGCAGAACCUAGAGUUCUGCUUUUAUGCUGAGGGUUGCGGCCUGUCCCCGGAAGCCCUUCACAUCCCUUUGUUACAGGAUCUGCAGAGGAAGCUGGAACUGCAGGCAUCUUCCAGUCAGGAACUCAUUCAAAGAUAUUUUAGCAACCGCAUCCAGCAGCAGGCGGACACCUCUUCAGAGGAGUUUGGGGCCAUCACCAUCAAGGCCUCCUACCGACUCUCCGAACAGAAGCUCCGCAUCGAGGUGCUCAGCGCCUCCAACCUGCUCCCCCUGGACUCCAACGGCACCAGUGAUCCCUUUGUCCAGCUGACCCUGGAGCCACGGCACGAGUUUACAGAGGUUGCCCCUCGGGAGACGCAGAAGUUCAAAAAGGAACUGCACCCCCUGUUUGAUGAGGCCUUUGAGUUCCUGGUGUCUCCAGAGUCAUGCCAGAAGGAAGGGAACUGCCUCUUGCUCACUGUGCUGGACCAUGACACGCUCGGGAAGGACGACUUGGAGGGAGAGGCCUUCCUUCCACUCAGCGCCGUCCUCCAGCUCUCUGGGGACAACCAGCCUGGCCAGGUGCCUCAGACGCGCUUGCCGCUCACCUACCCUGCCUCUAAUGGGGACCCCAUCCUGCAGCUGCUGGACAUCAGGAAGAGUGAUCGGGAAGCUCAGGCUUUUGUUAAACUCCGAAGGCAGCGAGCCAAACAGGCUGAGCGUUUGGGGCAGUAGUGGUGGACGGGAUCUGCGCGGGUCCGAGGGCUGUUAGGUCUGGGAGCUUCCCUUCAUCUCCCACCCCAACAGAUGCUCCCAACCUGUCCAGCCCAGCACCCUUUAGCUCCUGAGUGACUAGAGGCCGACACUGACGCUUUAAGGGUUCAAAAUGGUACAAUCCUGAAGUCCUCGGUGGGAAGGACCGCACAGGGUAUAUAUGCGUCCACAUCCUGGUUUGUUCCUCUGGAGUCCCUACGGGGAACGGGGAACAACAGCUCAAAGAAUUUCUUCCAAACCAGGGAAACACUUUGGGGUGGAAACCGGGAGGGGAAAGACAAGAGUUAUACUAGAUGCUGCCUCCUUCCUUCUCACAGAAAAAAAAUAUUCUAGUUGAACUUAAAUCUAAAAGUCAUGGAAGGGGGCAGCUGGAUAACUCAGUGGAUUGAGAGCCAGGCCUAGAGACAGGAGGUCCUAGGUUCAAAUCUGGCCUCAGACACUUCCCAGCUGGGUGACCCUGGGCAAGUCACUUGACCCCCAUUGCCUAGCCCUUACCACUCUGCUGCCUUGGAGCCAAUACACAGUAUUGACUCCAAGAUGGAAGGUAAGGGUUUAAGAAAAAUAAAAAUAAAAGUCACGGAAUACCUAGAAGCUAGAAGAAACCUUGGGGACCAUCAAACCCAACUCUUUCAUUUGAUAGAGAAGGAAAUGGAGGUCCACAAAAAGAGGCGACUUGUUCAUAGUAAAUGGCAGAGGCAAAGUGAAAAUUCCACGGUGAGUCCAGGGUGUGAGAUUCCUCCCAAUUGCUCAGGCCCUGACAUAUGGGAGACAGAUUCCUUAUGGGUCUCGAAUCCCCUGGACCUUUGCUUCCUGAGCCCAGUGGAUUCGGGAGAUUGACCAUUGGGGGGAGCAGAAUGCUGCUUUGAUGACACACCUGGGACUAAGCCCAGGCAGCAGAGCAGGGAGAAGACAGCUGGGACCAGAGCCUCGUUUCUUGGCUCAGUGAGUGGCCAGGACUCUGUCUGCUGGGGACGAGCUUCCCGGGGAGCACUAGUCUCGCGAGAGUUCCUGAGCCCUAGAGCUGGAAUCAGAAGAGUCACAGGAACGCGGGAGCGGACUGGUGGGCCAUCAGCUUUGGAGUUAGAGCUGCCUCCUUUUCUACUCCAGCAGUGUUUUCUUUCUUAGUGGAACAAUAAAAAUGAGCUGUUCUAGAAAA